UUUACCUAACCACUUGUUAAAAAGGUAAACUAUUUGAAGAACCAUAAUGCCAUGUAAAGGGUGCCGUCUGCCUGGGCACACAUACAGUGCACAGAGCUUCAGGAAAAACAAUGCAAUUUCAUAACUACUCAAGAUAUCCGAGUGGGGUCUGCUUACGAAAAACAUUUAAGAAUUCGCUGAGGUUUAAAAGUACUUUUGAUAGCGGAUGAAUUUUUAAACUGUAUUUUGAAAGAGUUAAAAUGACCAAAGGGGUGUUUUCGGAGUAAUUUUUAGGUAUAAUAACAACUGGUACAGAUUCUUGAAAGCACUUAAGGGACUUGCAUUAACUUACACCUUAAUCUUCAUUUCUCCACCAUGUAAUGUUACUGUCACCGCUCAAAUAUCCCAGUAAUCCUGUGACAACGAGAAGACUGCGCGCCAGUUCAGAGCCUUGCACUUAAAGGCUAUACUGCGCUAGAAACACCAGCAAGUGCCGUGCUUAUCAUCCCGUCUCACUAACACUCAAUACACCCCUACCAGACAGCCCCUUAAAGAAUAAUUUCAGAACAUCCUUCCCUGCUUUAGUGUGAUCGAAUGGAAGAGGAUAUUGUUUGAAGAGCAGUGGGCGAAUUUGAUGUGAGCUGGACUACACACAUUACGAAGAAGUUUUUUUGCAGUUGGCCAUGCCAACAGCCACGGGUGGCGGAAGUAGCGGCAGUGCACUCGGCAGCCACACCAACAUUCCCAACAACGAAGACUGUGGCAUCCGAGAUGUGUGGGGCUACAACCUAGAGGAGGAGUUCAGGACAAUACGGCAGAUCGUGCAGCGAUACCACUAUGUGGCAAUGGAUACAGAAUUCCCGGGCGUUGUGGCUCGACCGAUAGGAGAGUUCCGAAGCACGGCUGAUUACCAGUACCAGCUUCUCAGGUGCAAUGUGGACCUUCUGCGGAUCAUACAACUGGGCCUGACGUUCUUGGAUGAGACAGGCAAACCCCCAGGCGGUGCUUAUACGACCUGGCAGUUCAACUUCAAGUUCAACCUCUCGGAAGACAUGUACGCCCAGGACAGUAUUGACUUGCUGCAGAACUCAGGGAUCCAGUUCAAAAAACAUGAAGAAGAAGGCAUUGAUCCUCUGGACUUUGCUGAGCUUCUGAUGACAUCUGGUGUUGUCCUCAUGGAUAACGUCAAGUGGCUAUCAUUCCACAGUGGCUAUGAUUUUGGUUACCUCAUUAAACUUCUGACGGAUCAAAAUCUUCCUCAAGAUGAAGGUGAAUUUUUUGAGCUAUUGAGGAUCUAUUUUCCAACUGUAUACGAUGUAAAAUACUUGAUGAAGAGCUGUAAAAAUUUGAAAGGUGGGCUGCAAGAAGUAGCUGACCAGUUGGACCUGGAAAGAAUCGGCCCUCAACAUCAAGCGGGAAGUGACAGCCUUCUUACUGGCAUGGCUUUUUUCAAAAUGAGGGAGAUGUUUUUUGAAGAUAACAUUGAUGAUGCCAAGUAUUGUGGGCAUCUUUACGGUUUAGGAACGUCAUACACAAUAAAUGGGAACAGCUACCAUGACAACGGAGAUGCCAACAGUCUGUCGUAAUGUAACGCCAGAGAGACAAACUUGUUAUUCUUUUGUGCUUUUGCAUUCUUGAAUAACACAUUAUUGCCAUUUAAGAAAGCUAUUCCAAAAGAUUUAUUCUCUUAUUUAAACCGUGAUGCAUCUCAAGAUGAAUUACAAUCAUCAGUACAAAGAAAAUGUAUAUAUAUUUUAUUUCUAUUAAGUGAAUAUUUUGACAAGAGGUUUCUCAUUGUAGAUGCAUUUACAGUGUUAUUCAAAGCAUUGUCAUUAAAAUGUUCAUUUAAAAUUAGUGUGUAUGUUUAUAUAACUUUGUAAGAAUAUGUAGUAAAAUAAGAUUCUUAUUAAAAAUAAAUUUUAUGGAAAAAAA